UUAAACAUUUCACUCAUUAAGUAAAGAUGCUUCAAAUUUUCAAAAAAUGCCAACUCUACCCCCUUGCUCACUCGUCAAAACCCACACCCCCUUUCAGCUCUCUCAGCCAGUCAUCUUCAAAACGCAAUCCAAGCUCUCUCUCUCUCUCACAAUUCGUAAACAACUGGUAACCUGCCGUAAAAACAUACACAAACACAGAGCAAUGGAAGCUCCGGAGUUCUUCAUCGGCGGUUAUUUUGGCCACGCCGUAGGAGACAACCAAUUAUUCGACCAGAAAACGAACGAUAAUAACAACCAAUUCGCUGUUGAUGACUUGCUUGAUUUCUCCAAAGAAGAAGUCAUGACCGACGGUUUUUUCGAUAACGUUACUGGAAAUUCAGCUCAUUCUUCGACUGUAUCCAUCCUUGACAGCUGUAAUUCCUCCGUUUCCGGUGGAGAACCUCCGUUCUCCGGCAAUAUCAGCUGCCGUAGCUUCAAUGACCCUCAAUUCUCCGGCUCCGAACUCUGUGUUCCGUACGACGACUUGGCUGAUCUGGAAUGGCUCUCGAACUUCGUGGAGGACUCAUUCUCAAGCGACGACCUCCAAAACCUCCAACUUACCACCGUCACAACCACAGCCCCCACCGACACCGCCUCCAUUUCCUCCACCACCACCACCACACUGGAGCUUGCAACCAUGCCAAAUAUCAACUCCUCUCCGAUAUUUCCGUCGGCCGUCGUCGUUCCAGGCAAAGCCCGUAGCAAACGGUCACGCGCCGCCCCAGGCAACUGGUCCUCCCGCCUCCUCGUCCUCUCCCCGGCCAAAUCAUCAUCAGAAAACAACACUCCACCCAUCAAAACGGCGUCGUCGAAGAAGAGGGAAAGUGCGGAAACCCCUGGCCGGAAGUGUUUGCACUGUGCUUCCGAUAAGACACCGCAGUGGAGGACGGGGCCGUUAGGCCCAAAGACUUUAUGCAAUGCGUGUGGGGUAAGAUACAAGUCUGGUAGGUUGGUUCCAGAGUACCGGCCGGCGGCGAGUCCGACAUUUAUGUCGGCGAAGCAUUCGAAUUCGCACCGGAAGGUACUGGAACUCCGGCGGCAAAAUGAGCUCCAGACACACCACCAGCAACAGUUACUUACGCAAACCUCGAUCUUCGGCGUACCCGUAUCGAACGGUAAUGAUUACGUGAUUCAUCAUCAGAGUGGUCAAGAGUUCAGGCACAUGAUCUAA